AUGGCGACGUUCAAAUCAAUUUGCGAAGAGUCCCUCAAGGAGAGAGAAAAAAGUGUGGGACUUGAAAUAGUUCUGGGGAGAGUAUUUGACGAAUUGAUAUCAGAAUUUAAGGCCAAGUUUAUUAAAAAAAUAUCCGUCCUUAUUCACGAAGUGAAGCAUGGGGACUCCGCUUUGGAACUUGUCAAAGGGGGGGUCCACUGUAAACGGGGGAAAUAUGAAAGCAGGCAGAAGGAGCGGGAGGGAGGAAACACGCACACGGAUGACACUUUGGGUGUUUACCUAAGCAGCGUCGCAGAUUCGAAGAGGAAGAGUUUGUUCGAAAAGAUAAAGAAGGAGAUUGGCCACCAGGGGGGGGAGGAAGUCACCGAGAGGAGAGUCGCCACGAAGGGGUUACUCACAAACGGGUUGAGCACAAAUGGGUUGAGCACAAAUGGGUUGAUGACAAACGGGCUGAUCACAAACGGAUACAACACUUUAGGGGAACGAAAGGUACACAACGAGAACGAAAAAGCGAACCGCGGCGAUCGUGGGAAGAAAAAAAUAGACGAGGGGGGGGUGUUGGAUAGGAAGGGUAGCACGGUGGGGAGCGCUCGAAAUGAGCUCUCCGAUUUGCAGAGCAGAGCGGGGAGUCGGAAGUCGGGCAGGGUGGAGAAGCGGAACAGCUCGAAGGCAUCGGAGGUAUCGAACGCAUCGGGGCAGCUGAGCAUGUCGGACGCGUCGGAGAGGUCUCGCAAGUCGCGCACCUCGCACAAGUCGAGGACGUCACGGGCGUCAAGGGCGUCUCGUGCCUCCCCCGCGUCACGUACAUCGCGCACAUCUCGCACCUCUCGCAAGACGAACCGCCCCAGGGAAGACCUCUGCACGCCGAACGGGGAGAGCAACAAAAGUGAGAAAGACGCCUACGCGAACAUCAUCAGUAAGUACACCGUCAAGCGGCUGUUUUCUAAUAGACUGCACACGGACGAGCUGAGUGACACCCAUUGUGGCAGUGAUGAGGGGAGAGCAAACACACUUCGCAGUGCCCACAUGGACAAAGCGAGGAGAUACAUGCACGCACCAAGUAGCAGCGCUGCGAGGGGGGAGGCCCCGUCAAGCAUAGGCAAGGAAUGGGCCAACGUGGAAAGCACGAACUACAAAAUUGUGAAGAGAGACUUUGACGAUCGUUCGAAGAGGAGUGAGAAAUCGAAAGCGGACUCGUUAGCGUCGGAGCAUGACCCACUUGACUUCCUCAUCGCAGCAGAGGAUAACGAAAGGAAGAAGUUGCAGGAGACUAGGGGGAGGCAAAAUGGCAACCUGAAUGUGCAGGACAAAGUUGAGGUGAAACCGCACAAGGGGGAUUCCAGAAGCGUCGAAAAAAAUGAGCAGCUAUUUUUUGAAGUCAUUAGAGGGAAAAGACGGAAGCAUCUCAAGGGCUUCGAAUGCGAAGACUGCAAAUCGUUUUAUGAGGAACUCUGUUGGGAUGGCUCCGAUGGGGGGAAAAAAUACAAACAGGGUGCGAAGCACCGAUUAUGUCACAGGCACGAAGAUAGCAAACCUGCCCAGAACGAACUGUUCCCGAAAAAGGAGGAGCGAGGAAAGAAGCUCGCAGCGGAGAGUUACAAAAGCCGCCUUAGCGAAUACGUCAAAGAGAACUACACAAAUGGCACGCAGCUUCCCGCGGCUAAGCCAUUUGGAGAGGUGGCGUUGGUGAGCAGCGCAAGAUAUUUGAAGAGUGCUGAGGAGAGUGGCGAUAUGGGGUCCGGCCAGUACGCCGAAAAGUGCAUCGACAAGUUUAUGGCCAAGUUUGAGGUGAAGGGAGAGAGUAACGACAGCUUGGUUAAGAUGGACUCAGCGCAGGAGGAGUUUUACGAAGUCGAGGAGGCGGACGAUGCAGAGGAGGUGGAAGAGGCGGAGGAGGCCGAAGAGGCCGAAGCGAGACGGAAAGAAAAUAAGAAAAAAAAACUGAUUCAGUCCUUUUCGCGGCACAGGUAUCAUAGCAAAGUUAAUGAUUCGCCAAAAAAUUUCUGGAGUUUCGAUUUUUUUAAAUAA